ACUUUAUACUCUUAAAAAUUAAAAUUAAAAUUAAAAUUAAAAUAGCGACUAUUUGGCGACAAAUUAGCGACUAUAGUGAAAAUUUUGGGUUUAAUAAAAACCGCGAAACCAAACCCAAAUUUUAAGCCCAAUUCGGCAUGCCCACUCGUUUUCCCUCUGAAGAAAACGCACAAAGGGAAUCAGAAACCCUAAUUUCAUUCUCACUCUCUUCUCCUUCCUCAAUCUCUUCCUCAAUCUCUUCCUUAGUCUCAAAUCGAAUCUCUAAUCAAAUCCCUCAUCGAAACCCUGAUUUCGUUCUACAAAUCGAAUCUCUUCGUCAAUCUCUUCCUCAAAUCUCUUGCUCAUUCUCAAAUCGAUCUAGCCAUGCCUCUAGCUAACAACAAACGUCGAGGCCGCAAGAGAUUAUCCAUUCCAAAUGUGUCUCAGAGGCCAGUCGGUUCCAAACCCAACACAUCGAAAAGAAAAAACCCUUUACCUCCUCAAUACGAGUUCACGCCGGCGCCAGAGGAGCAGAUUCCUCAGCCUGAGUCGCCCCUUGAGCAAGUCCAGCCAGUCCGCGUUUCCCCUCAACUGUCUACGUCAAGAGCUUCUCAUUUCCGGGACUAUCCACCGCCACAAAGGCUUUUCCAGAGCUCGGUGAAUCAACCACGUGAAGACCAUGGGUUGUCUGAACAAGAAGUCCAGCAGGAACAACCUCGACAGCAGGCACAGCCUCGACAGCAACCUUCUCGACAACAACCUUCUCGGGAUCCUAGACAGCAACCUUCUCGACAACAGGAACCUCGACAACAACCUUCUCGGGAUCCUAGACAGCAACCUCCUGAACAAGUGGAUCCUCCAGGAUCUCCACUUCAUCACUCUCAGGCUCAGUCUCAUCCAUCAUCUCAAGGGAAUAAUUUCCAGGAUACUUUAGAACCAAUGUUGCCGGAGCUACAGGAGGACACAAUGAGGGAUCUAAAUGCCUUGCUUCUGGUGCCAAACCGCGAGAAGUUUACCACCGUCCUCUCUCCAACACCGCUGCCAAACACAACUUGGUUUGAGCGCGAUGAAAAAUCAAGACUUGUUAGGAAGAUUACUAAAAUCUUUACUAACAAAUUUGAUGGUCCUUAUUAUAGUUGGACUUGUGUGCCUCGUGCGAGACAAGAAAGAUACUUCCUCGAGUUUGCGAAAACCCACACCUGGGAUCCCUUGAUAACAGGGACAGUUCAAUGGUGGUUCGAGGAAAUCUGUGGACGCCGGAUGAAGGACAUGGUAAGCAACGCAAGGACGAGUCGUGAAAAACCCGACUGGAUCUAUGAAGAUACCUGGAAAAUAAUGGUUGCGUAUUGGGAUACUGAAGAAGCACAGAAGAGGAGUCAGAUUUAUUCAAAGGCUCGUAUGUCUGACCGUAAUGGUCUCGGUCCUCACAUCCACUUGUCAGGGCCAAAGUCAUAUUAGCAAAUCCAAUACGAAUUGGAAGAACUAUUGGGAAGACCAGUGAGUCUUGGUGAGGUCUUCAUUAAGACUCAUACAAGGGCUGAUGGUUCUUUUGUGGAUCGGAAGGCAGAGAAAAUAGCUAAGGUUUAUGAGAAGAAUGUGCAACAGAAGUUGUCUGAGCUGGAGGUAUAUGAUUCGGACGGCGCUUCACGACCUCGAGAGCUAACAACAGAUGAAUAUACAGCCAUAUUUCUUCACGUUAAGUACAAUUUAUCACAAUCCACAUAUAUUGUUUUUUGACUUUUAUAGAGUUCUAAUCUACAUUCUUUUUCUCUUGUCAUUCACAGUCCACUGAGAAGGAUUCAAGAGGAACUCUCUAUGGAGUUGGCAGCCUCAAGGGAAUUCUUAAAAAUGGCAAGCGCAAGCAACCCGGAGACUCUGCAUCUUUUGUGGCAAUCCAAGAGCAACUGAAGGAAGCUCAAAAAAAAAUCGAAGAGCAGGCUGCUGAAAAUACAAGGCGUGAAAAAGAGCAAAAGGAGAAGCUCGAGCACUUGUCCUUGGUGGAGAAGUACCUCCGACAAACUGAUCCAGCCUUUUUGGACUUCAUGAAGACUCAUUCGGCUGCAGAAACCACAGAGCCUCUCUCAACCGGUCUUCCCCCAACUUCUUGAACUCCUAUCUAUCAGCUUCUUGUUUAGGUUCCUUUUAAAUCUUUCCCCAAGUACAUAAACUAAGUUCUUCUCUCAGUUGUUUUAAAGACUUGUUUUUGUUUGGUAUGACUCAACUUUGUUUCUUUUAAAUGAAGUGAAUCUAUGUUUUUAGCUUAUU